AUGGCACCGAAAACCAGCGGAAAGGCCGCCAAGAAGUCCGGCAAGGCCCAGAAGAACAUCGCCAAGGGAGACAAGAAGAAGAGGAAGGUCCGCAGGAAGGAAUCCUAUGCUAUCUACAUCUUCAAAGUGUUGAAGCAAGUCCACCCUGAUACCGGAAUCUCGUCCAAGGCCAUGAGCAUCAUGAACAGCUUUGUCAACGAUAUCUUCGAACGUAUCGCUGCUGAAUCCUCUCGGCUGGCUCACUACAACAAGCGCUCGACCAUCACAUCCCGCGAAAUCCAGACUGCCGUGCGUCUGCUGCUUCCGGGAGAGUUGGCCAAACACGCCGUCUCUGAAGGAACCAAGGCUGUCACCAAGUACACUAGCUCCAAGUAAAUUUGCACAGCUGUGUGAAGCUACGCUUCAAAACGGCCCUUUUCAGGGCCACAAAACAUUUUGUUUUGAGAGUUGUGCUAUUUUACUUUUCAAAUAUCGAUUUUUAAUAA